AUGAACUUCCUCCAACGAGCUGUCGCCGGCGUCGAAUCACGCUUGGAUCAGGUACUGGCCAGCGAUCCGAAUACUGCGAUUGACAAUUCUUUGUCGAGUACAGCUGGGGAUUCGAAUACCGUCAGCAAUACUAGCCCUACACCCACUAUUAGUAGCUCGACAACAACCGUUCCUCAAGCUCCGACUGUUAUUAAAGAUGCGAAACCUACACCACCCGUAUCCGCGUCACCGACACCGCCGCCAGGAAUGGGGAGGAUGACAAUGCAAGAGCGACUUGCAGCAGCAAUGGCUCGUAGCGCCACUACUAGAAGUUCUAGCCCUGCGGUUGGAAGCUUGUCUGAACGAGCAGCGAGUCCUAGUCCGAGUCCUGCGGUGAGGAGAUCAGUCGAUGACGCAGAAAAUGUACGGAAGAGCGUGGACGUCCCAACCGACGACAAAAUUACAGAGAGGACGUCAUCUGAAGAAACUUCGAAGGUGGAACCGACUACUGAACUCGUAGCAGUAUCGACCGAAUCAAAGCCUCUAGAAGACCAAGAGCAGCCAUCGACAAACGGUAUGGAAUCUACACCCACCGAUCCAUCACCACUUCGAACAAGCACCGACACUCCUCGCAAAUCCCUCGAAUCCCAACCUCGAGUUUCCAUCGACGUUAAACCACGAGUGUCACUAGACUCUAGGCCUAGGGCUUCGAUAGAUAAACCGCGGAAAUUUGUUGAGCAACCUGCUACAGCUCCUACCACCACAAUAUCUACACCGCUCCCCACCACCCUCACCGUCGAAGAACUCGAAUCCACCAUAUCUCAGCUCCGCGAUGACCUUGCGACUUGUGAAUCCCGUCGGGCUGAGGAAGCUUCUGCUGCCUCGGAGCGCAUUGAUUCUCUUGAGGAAAAACUAAAAUACCUUGCGAAAGAAUCGGUUGAAGAGGCCCGUAAACGGAUACAAACCGGCGGUUCCUCCGCAUUAGAAAAGGAACUCGCGAAACGGGAUGAGCGAAUCGCGUUGUUACUGGAAGAAGGGGAGAGGUUGAGUAAAAUCGAGUUGAAGCAUAUGAAUAAUAUCAAACGCUUGAGAGCAAAGGCUCAAGAAGAUGAAAAAGCUGCUGCAGAGGCGAAGAGGAAACAGGAGAAGGCCGAGAAGGAAGCUUCAGAUCUCAAAGAGAAAACAAGGAAAGCUGUUGAAGCCGAGAAACGAGCAAAUGAAAAGCUUAGGACGAUGAAUAGACUGGAGGUUGACAAUGAAAGCUUGAAGAGGGAAAGAGACAUCCUCCAAAUCAGCACUAGCGAUCUAAAACUUCAACUUGCAAAGGCAGUAGCUAGAGCAGAUGAUGCGGAGAGCAAAGUCCAAACAGAAGCUCUAGAAGCUGAGAGGAAGCUCACCGCCGACCUCAGGGAGAAGUUGGAAAAGGCUCAAAAUGAUGCUACGGCAGACAAGGAGAGGUCUAAAAGCGAAAUAUGGACAUUACAGAGCAAGCUCGAAAGAGAUGGUGAUAGAGCUAAAGCUGUGGAGCUAGAGCUCAAGAAUGAAGUCUCAAUGCUAGAAACAAAACUGGAGAUCAUGCGGGCUCGUGCCGAGGAAGCUUCGACGGGGACUUCGGGUCAUACACAUGCAAAGUUGUUAAGACAAAUCGAAACACUUCAAUCACAAUACGCCGUUGCGAGUGAAAACUGGCAGGGCAUUGAAGCUAGCUUGAUGACGAGGCUUACAAACGUAGAAAAGGAACGGGACGAGCUCUCUCGUAAAGAAAGUGAUGUCCGGAAGAAGGCUAGAGAAGUGAAUCAAAAACUCAAACGCAUGGAAUCCGAUCUUGAGUCUGCCAACCUCAAAAUCCAAGACCUCGAAUCCUCUCUCACCACCCAGCUAACCCUCUGCGACGACCUACGCAAACAAGUGACCCUACACGAAGACUCUAAACUCCAACUCACUAAGAAACAAGAUGAAGAACGAACCGCCUGGCAAAAGGAAAUCAACAACCUUAGAGAUUCUCUGAAAACAGCUUCGUCAGCUAUAGUAGAUGACUAUGCAUCUCGACCGAAAUCACGACCAAACUCGAUAUUGGAAGCAGAAGGGGCAAUAAGGCCAUUAUCGCCUAACCCAAGACCAAGAAAGCAGAGCAUCGGAUCGGAUAUGAAUGCUCCGUUCCCUUCGAAACGAAUGUCAAGGACAGAGUCUGGUGAUAGGCUAAAUGAAGGACCGGGAGGUUAUAGACGACCCACAUUACCAGAACCGACCAGGCAGUACACACCGAGUUGGGGACCUACAACACCUCGAUUUGAUUCUAUGUCGGGAUAUGGCGGCGGAGGGAACAUAUCUCGUCAAAACUCAUUAUUUGGUGGGUUUGGCGGACCAGGUGCGGGCAUGGGAAUCUCGGUGGGGAAUUACCCGAGUACACCGUCAUUUAGUACUUCGAUGGUGAGUCCUGGCAUGCCGGCGCAAGAUGGAGAUAACGAAAGCAUAUUUGAAGGAAAUGGAGGUCUCAUGAGCCCCAGCAGUCAAGAAGGAAGAAACGGUGGUGCACAUCUGGGCGAAAUUCUCAGCGUGUCAACAGUAGCCGCGGGCCCCAGCGUUCAACUUGUGGAGCGGAUGUCAGCAGCAGUAAGGAGACUGGAGAGUGAAAUGGCUAGUAGUCGAGAAGAGCUUGUGAGGAUGACAGCACAAAGGGACGAAGCCAGAGCCGAAGUCGUGGCAUUUAUGACAGAAGUUGAUGAGAAGCGGUCGUUGGAGACCAGGUUGCAAGCGCUCGAGACAGAUCUAAAGGAGAAGGACGGAGCCUACGAGGCCACGUUGGUCAUGUUGGGAGAGAAGAGCGAGGAGGUGGAGGAAUUGAGGAACGAUGUGGCGGAUUUAAAGCAGAUGUAUCGGGAUUUGAUCAUGAGCCAGACGAAUUCAUAG